CAGUUCCUCGUUCCCGUCCUUCUCGGGUUAUUACCACCCUCGAGUUUACGGCGAGACGGCGCCAUGCGGAAGGCGGGGCUCUUGCCAGCCAGCUGCGCCCGGGCGUGGAGGUCUGUGCGGAUGGCCAGCUCCGGGAUGGCGCGCCGGGGCCAGCUCGCCAAUAAGGUGGCUCUAGUCACGGCCUCCACCGACGGGAUCGGCUUCGCCAUCGCCCGGCGCCUGGCCCGGGACGGGGCCCACGUGGUCAUCAGCAGUCGGAAGCAGCAGAACGUGGACCGGGCAGUGGCCGCGCUGCAGGGGGAGGGGCUGAGCGUGGCAGGCACCGUGUGCCACGUGGGGAAGGCCGAGGACCGGAAGCGGCUGGUGGCCACGGCCGUGAACCUUCACGGGGGCAUUGACAUCCUGGUCUCCAAUGCUGCCGUCAACCCUUUCUUUGGAAACCUAAUGGAUGUCACCGAGGAGGUGUGGGACAAGAUUCUGGACAUUAACGUGAAGGCCACAGCCCUCAUGACAAAAGCAGUGGUGCCAGAGAUGGAGAAACGAGGGGGCGGCUCAGUGGUGAUUGUGGCCUCCAUAGGAGCCUACGUUCCGUUUCCUGGCCUGGGCCCCUACAAUGUAAGUAAAACCGCCUUGCUGGGCCUCACCAAGAACCUGGCCAGAGAGCUGGACCAAAGGAACAUUAGGGUGAACUGCCUGGCACCAGGACUCAUUAAGACUAGCUUCAGCCAAGUGUUGUGGAUGGACAAGGCAAGAGAGGAGAGCAUCAAAGAAACCAUGCAGAUAAGAAGGAUAGGCAAGCCAGAUGACUGUGCAGGUAUUGUGUCUUUCCUGUGCUCUGAAGACGCCAGCUACAUCACUGGGGAGACAGUGGUAGUGGGUGGAGGGUCCCCAUCCCGCCUCUGAGGACCGGGAGAGACCUCACCAGGGCAGAGACUGGGCUCCAAUUCCUGCACUCAUCGACUAGCCUUUCCCACCUCUGCCUGAUAUACUGCUCACCUUACACCCCAGCCCACCCCCCAAAUCAGUUCUGCCCUGUGAAAAGAUCCAGCCUUCCCUGUGGUCAAGGUAUGGUCUUAUGAUUCCCGCUGUUGCUGUAGCCUUGGAUAAAGACUUCCCCUGAGAGCAAAGGGCAGGCCUGCUGAUAAAGCUGAGUCUACCUUGGCAAAAACCAACUAAUAUUUUUUCCCCCCUGGACAUGGAGGAAUUUGAGGGAGAUGGGACUGAAGGAACCCGGGUGGAAAGAGCAGGGCAGAAAAUCAACAACUUGCAAAGAGAGAUGCAAAUAAAAUGCGGAUGAUCAUGUUGCUUUGAA